AUGGCUGAAAACGAACUUCCGAAGCCCGUGAUACCCAAGCCGAUUGGUUCUGACGAUUCCGACAAGGGGAGCAAAGCAAGCGAUCCCGUCGAAAUUAUCAAACAAAAUGAAGACGAUGCAGAGAAAACUACGCCGCCCAGAUUGCCCAGCUGCGCGAGGAACGACCUGUUCAAAGGCUUACGAAGGAAGCGAUGCGCGACGCAGAAGUCAUACGGAACUGAAAAGCGAUUCUUUUGCCCUCCUCCUACUGUUUAUCUUCAAGGAAAAGGAUGGAAACGAAAGCAGAAAGAAAUUUCCGAGCGAGAGGGCUACAACUCCGGCGACAACGAAAUCCAUGCUUUUAUUGGGAUUGGCUCACAAAACCAAGAAUUGCAGCCACUUCAUUUGGAAGCAAAAGAUUUUUGCGCUGCAAAGACCCUCUUUAUUUCAGAUGCUGACAAAAGAAAGCACUUUACGCUGAAUGUAAAGAUGUUCUACGGGAAUGGUGAAAGCCUGGGCACUUUUGAGUCGCGGACAAUCAAGGUCAUCUCCAAACCGUCGAAGAAGAAGCAAAGUCUCAAGAAUACUGACUUGUGCAUCUUAGGUGGUACUCAAGUAGCUUUAUUUAAUCGUCUAAGAUCACAGACAGUUUCGACGAGAUACCUUCAUGUGGAAGAAAACAACUUCCUUGCGUCUUCGAGCGAGUGGGGAUCAUUUAAAAUCCACUUGAUUCCGGACGAUGAAAUUGAGGGCGAGGAAUUCGACACAGAGGAGGGAUACAUCCACUAUGGCAAGACGGUGAAGCUUGUUUGUACAGAAACUACCAUGGCACUGCCCCUAAUGGUGAUUAGGAAAGUCGACAAAACCCAAGCGCUACUGGACGCAGAUGAUCCAGUGUCGCAACUUCACAAAUGCUGCUUUCAUAUCAAAAACACGCCUUCGAACUAUCUUUGCAUCCAGUCAGAGAAGAUUAUCCAGCACCAAGCUGAGCCCGUCCAAGGGGACGACAGAAAACACAUUAUUCCAGACGGCUGCGCUUGGACAAUUAUAUCAACAGACCAAGCAAAGUACUCCUUCUUCGAAGCAAUGGGCUCGACAGCCGAGCUUCCCUCGCCGGUUCCAGUUAUCGACAAAGUCCUGCUCAACGGUUCUGGAGAGACCGCGUGCAUAGACAUUUGCGGCAAGCACUUUAGUUCCAAUUUAAAGGUUUGGUUCGGCGAAUGCGAGGCCGAAACGAUUGUCCGAUCAGAUGAAAACAUGAUCGCAGUCGUGCCCGACCGGAGCUUAGUCCAGCCCGACUGGGACAUCACAAAAUCGAAAGACAAGUUAGACGUGCCGAUCAGUCUGGUGCGCUCUGACGGCGUCAUCUUCCCCUACGAGCAAGAGAACUUCACAUACUGCCCAGAGCCGGAGGAGGCUACAGCUCUGCCUGUUUCGUGCAGCCCAAGCGUGAAACGCCCGAGAUUGGACCCGGACAUUCAUCCGACCAUUUCUGAAAUGGGAAAUGGAAGCAACGCGCCCGUUUCGAAUAGAGCAGAGCACACCCAGCCAACUCAACUAGAGAUAGAUAACCUGUCACAAGCAGCGUUGGCAGGCGUCUGGCAGACAGAAAGCGGCGCGGAGCAGCAAUACCUGCACUCUCUAUACUCACACGCGCCCAACGGAAGCUUCAUGCCCAAAGUGGAAGGCUCUGUGGAGACGGCCGCCAGCUCCCAUCUCCACCAGAACAACCCCGCUGCACCAAUCCAAGCAAGUUCGCAGACUCACUCAAUCAAGACCGACUAUAGCAAGCUAUAG